AUGAAGGAAGCAACUAAUAUUAGCGACGAAAAAAGACCUUUGGCAUCUAUUCCAUUAUAGACUUUCCUUUAUUUUGAUUAUAUUUUUACAGUAUACAAAUCAUAUUCAUAUUUAGUACAUCUAUUUCAUAAUCGAAAUAAUUGUCUUUAUUUACAAAGGUUAUGGUUUAUUUUAUCCUCCAAAUAAAAUAGGAAUAGAAAUAUUUUUGCAGUUUCUAUUAGCAUUUUGCCAAUUUCCUCGAUUGAUAUUAGGAUCAAUAGGCAAUAAAACAGAAUCUCCAUCCUAAAUUUUAUGGUAUUAGGAUAUUUCUAUUUUAGGUUUGUUUUACUAAUUUUCCCUUGCAUAUUCUUUUACAUAUUUUUUAUAGUGUUGUAAACCUAUGUGGUUAUUUUGGAAAUAAUAAUAAAUGUGAUUGGUUUGAUAUUUAUCAUCUUUGAAUUGCUAUUCAGCUUAUCAGCAUUUUUAACUUUCAAAAAUUACGAGAAGCAGCAAUGA